CCGGAAUGAUAGCAGAGGGUCGGCCGAAUCGCGGACUGCGGAGCGCCGACUGAACUGUCAGCCGGUCGGUCGGUCAUAGGAUAGGAUGUGGGGUUACGCAUGGGGCGUGAGAAAAUAAAGUGUGGGAAAGAGUGGGCGUCUCAGCGUAGUAAAACAUUUGAUACGUUGUAGUGAACCAAACACAUAUUUAUGAACGUGAUGCGCCAGUAGCUAACAUUUCAAUUGCAACUGUGUGUGUGAUAAAUACACGGAGUUCACGAAGCGAAAAGGUUGCGAUGUGUGAGGAAGAGACCGACGAUUGACCGGAGAUUCCGUGGGAAGCGACCUAUGUUAUGUGUCCUAAUACAUGUAUUUGUUAGUUAGAGUAUGUUUAUUAAACAAAAAGUGUGUUGUGGAAUUUAAUCGCGUGCGAUGGGAGUCACCGGUCUGUGGCGGCUGGUUGAGCCCGCGGGGAAGCCGGUACCAGUCGAGACUUUAGAGAACAAAGUACUCGCCGUGGAUAUCUCAAUAUGGUUGCAUCAGGUUGUAAAAGGUUAUCAAGAUGCCAAGGGAGCACCUUUACCAAAUGCUCAUCUCAUAGGUCUCUUCCAGCGUCUCUGCAAGCUGCUCUAUUUCAGGAUCAAACCUGUAUUUGUUUUUGAUGGUGCCUUUCCAGAAUUGAAAAAAGAAACAAUUGCAAAACGGCAAGACAGCAAAAACAAGUACCACUCAGAAUCAGAGCGCCUAAAAAGAGAGCUAGCCAUUCUACUCGGCAAGAAAACAGCAAUUGGCAGCUUGUUGGGCAAGCAGAUAUCUCCAACCAAGAGAGCUAAUCCAGUCAAUAAAGAACAAGAUGACAUGUUCAAGUUACCGGCCUUGCCAGAGAGAGAGGAAUCUGACUCGGAGUCAUCAGAUGAUGAAGACACGUCAAGUGGCUCCAUUGUUGAUUUACACUCGGUGGACCUUCAGUCUGACAGUUUCAAAAAGUUACCAGCAAAAGAAAAGUAUGAUCUGCUUAUUGAAUUGAAGGAAACAAGAAAAAUGAACUCAUGGGGUAAACUUCACACAUUACCAAAGAAAAGUGAUAACUUUUCUGAUUUCCAGAUGCAGAGGUUACUGAAGAGAAGAAAAGUACAAGAAUGUAUAGAAGAAACAGAGAAAGAAAUGGGAGAUGUUGGGAUGUCAAUGAAUGAAUUGGAAUCAUUGCUGAAUGAAGAAGGUAUUGACACCAAGAUAGAGAGCUUACCCACUAGACGCAUUGCGUCUAAUAAUAACACUAGGUAUUUACUCAUUAAUAAUGUCAGGGAAGCUUUGGCAAAAGCCAAAGAAAGGAAAGAGGCGGAAAAUAAACCACAGACAAGCACAGAGGAAUCUCUACCCACAGAAAAGCCAGGUAAACAUGAUGAAUUGGAAGAUGAUAUGCAAAAGGCCAUUCAAAUGUCUUUAGAAUGUGCAGACGAAACUAAUACAAGUGGAUGUCAAUCUAAGACUGAUGACUCCUGGACCUCAGUUUUGACAGACACAGAUUACUCAGAUAUGAGUGAUUCUGAAGAUGAACUGGAACAGCCAGACUUGUCCACCGCAAAAGCGUACAUUAUGCAAUACUGUGAUUACACUCAUAAAGCCAUUGAAAAAAUUGUUACUCGUCGAUCAAAAAGUGGGAACACUAAAUCAAAGGCACCAGAAGUAAACCAAAUAUUGAAAGAAAUUAACAGUGAAAAGUCGAUAAUUGCUGACAUUGUAGAAUUAUCUUCGAGUGAUGAAGAAUCACGACCAGAAAUAAUUCAUUCCGACAAUGCAGAUAAAAAGAGUAUUGAUAUUGAGAAUCAGAGAGAAGAUACACAGGAUGAAACAAAUGAGAAUGUUGAAUCUACUCAAGCAUCAGUUAUGUUUGUUGAAAAUACUGAACCAGAUGUAAUAUCUUUAGACUCUGAUAUUGAAGUGCCUGUUGAAGAAAAACAGACAAUGAAUGAAACAGACAAAAGUUUUAUAGUUCGUGAUUUAGAGUCUAGUGGCGUUGGCGAAUUAGAUGAAGUACCUGAUGAACUCUUGAAUCAACCAGUGAAUCCCAUGAAAGAAAAUAUUAAUACUAAGCAUCUAGAGUCUAGUGAUACUGAUGAUGAGUUUGAAGAAGUACCUAAAGUAUUAAAUGAAACAGUUAAUACCAUGAAAAAAAGUGUUAAUGCUAAGGAUCUAGAGUCUAGUGAUACCGAUGAUGAGUUUGAAGAAGUACCUAAAAUAAUAAAGGAAACAUUGAAUACCAUGAAAGAAAGUAUUUAUUCUAAGGAUUUAGAGUCUAGUGAUACUGAUGAUGAUUUUGAAGAAGUACCUGAACUAGAAGAUAAGUCACACAAGCCUGUCGUAGAACUUACGCUAAAUGUGGAUGACAUUCCAAAUGAUGAAGAUGAUAUUUUUGCAGACGUUUUUUCACCCAUUGUUAAUUCCAAUAGUAUUAAGAAACCUGUAAGCAAUACUUUAGAAAAUAUUGUUCCAAAGAAGGAACCGACUGACAGUACGAUUAUAGCCCAACCUAGACUAAUGCCAAUGGAAAAUACCACUCAACAAAAGAAAGCGACGGAAGAUGUAAAGCAUGAUCAACAAGAUCUAUUUACAGAUGAAGACGAUGAACUACAGAAAGCCAUACAAAUGUCGUUAGAAUGCGUUGAGGAAUCUAAUACAAACACAAAAGUAGUAAAAGAAUCACCAGCCAGUGCACAACCCAACAAACAACAUGGCAAUGAAGUCAGCAUAGCUGACAAACAGGGUUUUAAAGAGAAUAUAACCAAGGAUCUAGUUUGUACAGAAAAUGGCAAAUCUGUAUCUAAUCCUGUCUCCGAACCAAUGACAGCAGAAUCAUCCUCGCUUAUGCAACCACAGAAACAAAAUAAUGAUAGGGUAGUCAAUAUUGAAAGCGUUCCCAAAAACAUUAUUGACACUAACGAUAAGGAAUCUAACAAAGAACUUGUUAAUAACGAUAAACCGGUAGAACCAAAUAAACAACCAAAAGAACCUUUAACUACUGAACAACUGAACUCAAUGGUAGAAGAGAUUCAAAGUGAGGAACAAUAUUUGAACCAAGAAAAAGGCAGACUGGAUCGCAUAGGAAGGAAUAUCACUGAACAAAUGACAAAAGAGGCCCAGGAAUUAUUGCAAAUUUUCGGUAUUCCGUACAUUGUUGCGCCAAUGGAAGCUGAAGCUCAGUGUGCGUUUCUAGAAAGUGUCAAAUUGACAGAUGGUACUAUUACCGAUGACAGUGAUAUUUGGCUAUUUGGAGGGCAAACGGUUUAUAAGAAUUUCUUCAAUCAAAAGAAACAUGUCUUGCAGUAUGUCUCAGAAAGGAUCGAAAAAUCUUUCAAUUUGAACAGGGAGCAGUUGAUAUUGCUGGCGCUCUUGGUCGGGAGUGACUACACAACAGGAGUGGCUGGCGUCGGCCCAGUGACAGCCAUGGAAAUUCUAGCCUCCUUCCCUUUCAACAAGAAGCAAGUGCUAGCAGAAACUUCCAAACAAGUCCGCUACGCGAAGCUGUUGGAUGGCCUGAAAGAAUUUAAACUAUGGGUUAAAGCAGGAAAGAGGACUGAUAACACAAGUUUGAAGAAGAAACUGAGAAAUGUUACUCUGUCAGAGGACUUUCCAAGUAUUCGAGUGGUUCAAGCAUAUAUGGAGCCCAAUAUCGAGAAAAGCGAGGACAAAUUUACUUGGGGCGAAUUAGACAUAACUGUGUUAAGAGAUUAUGCAAAAAGUAAAUUUGGCUGGUCUCAACAGAAAUUUGACGAGAUUAUCAAGCCUGUGCUAGCAAGAAUGAAGGAUAGGAAAAAUCAAAAGACGAUCCAUGAUUAUUUCAAAAGGAGAAUAGAAUUCCAAACAUUGGAAGAUCAAAUGAGUAAGAGAGUUAAGGCAGCUGUGCAGAAAAUGGGUCCAGAAGGACAAAAUGCCGAGGCAAAUCCGACUGAAGCAGAAACUGCAAAAACUACUAAGAAACGAAAGAAAAUUGUUAGAACUUCAACGGAAAAUGAAGCUGGGCCUUCUAAACCAAAACAAAAGAAAAAAGAACAAGGUCCUAAACAUGUCAAAGUAGUCGAAGUUAAAGAUGGCACAUCGGGCAUAGAAAUCAACGUACCAAAGACUGAUAGAUACCAAGAGAUUAUUCCACAAAGAGAGAAAGAUAAACAGCAUCUGCUUGAGAAUAAAAUGAAAGCUAUUGAGAUCUUCAGGAAGCCCACAAUAGACCGUAAGCGAAAGCCCAAGAAAAGGAAGCCUAUUUUGCCAAAAGAUAAGGCAGAUUUAUCCGAGAGCAGCAGCAGUGAUUGAGUUUGUUUUUGUUAUUUUUAUGUGGCAUGUUACUUAUUUAUAAAGGUAUAGUAAAUAAAAAAUAUUUUUU